ACUUCGUCUAAUUCACCUCUCCCAAACCUUCCUCUGCUCACUCAGCCAAUAGCUUUCAGCUUCAGGCUUCAGGUACUCUCUACGAAAAUCCAGAAAGAAAUGAAUGACGUUAGAGAUUUGCUAGUGGAUUCUCCUUCUUCAUCACCGCCACAUUUGUUGAAAUACGGUGCUUUUCUCGCAGAUAUCCUGGGGCUUAUUGAGUCAGUUCAGGCAUCUUUGCCUUCAAAUGAAGGGACUCAUGAGCAUAACAAUGAUUUCAAAGCUGUCCAUCCUCUGUUAAAGCCAAAGCAACAAUCGGAUGAACUGGCUGAUUACUUCUUUAUAGAAGAGAUACGCAAGUAUGUAAAGAUCAAGCCCAACAGAUUAGGGAAACAGAACUUCAUGGGAGCUAAUGCAACCUUCACUAGCAUUGGCCACGCUUGUUUUGCCAUGAAGAAAGAGCUUGAAGAGUAUAUGGAUUACGAUGUUGGUGAAAUCUGUAAUGAUGAUUGGAAACUAGCUCAAAAGCUGAUGGUUCAUGGUUGCGAUCCAUUACCCAGAAGGCGAUGCUUCUCCAGAGCUCCUCAACUAUACAUGAAACCAUUCCCCAUCAAUGAGUCAAUGUGGAAGCUUCCUGACAAUCGAAAUGUUCGAUGGAGUCAGUAUAGAUGCAAAAAUUUCACUUGCCUCGCGAAUAAUACAACUCAUAAGGGGUUCUUCAAGUGUGCAGAUUGCUUUAAUCUUUCUGAUCAUGAAAUGCCCAGAUGGAUUAAACAAGUGGAAUUAGACCCUAUUACUAAUUUAACUGCAGACUUUUUGAUACCUGAAGUGCUUGAUAUCAAGCCUGGGGAGAUCAGAAUUGGAUUGGAUUUCAGUGUAGGAACUGGAACUUUUGCAGCCAGGAUGAAGGAGUUCAAUCUCACAGUAGUGUCAGCUACUGUCAAUCUUGGCGCACCUUUUAGUGAAAUGAUAGCUCUAAGAGGGCUUGUUCCUCUAUACUUAACAAUAAAUCAGAGGAUCCCAUUCUUUGAUAAUACUCUGGAUAUAAUUCACACAACAAGGUUUCUUGACGGAUGGAUCGAUUUUGUGCUCCUGGACUUUAUAUUAUAUGAUUGGGAUAGAGUUUUGAGGCCUGGGGGAUUGCUUUGGAUUGACAGUUUUUUCUGCUUGAAGGAGGAUUUGAGUGAUUACUUGGAGGCCUUUAAGGUGCUAAGAUAUAAGAAGCAUAAAUGGGUGAUUGUUCCAAAGCGAGAUAAAGAUGAUCGAGAGGUCUUUUUCUCUGCUAUAUUAGAGAAACCACCAAGACCAUUCCGAUGAUCAAGUGA